AUGUCGCGAUCAAGCUUCGACGGCUCCUUUAUGCAUCUUGGUCCAGCCUACCUGCGCUACCACUCUGGCGAAUCGGUAACUAACAGUCCUCCCACCCACAGGAAUCGCGCGCUUUCUAUCCGCUCUGGAGGCAAGUCCGGCAAAGGCUCCAGCUCCGGCAGCCAGCUUCCCAGCUUCUCCUUCAGCUCCCUCCGCGGCCAGGCUCAGCCCGAGCUGUCACGCAAGCUGUUCAAGCUCAUCAAGUCCGAGAAUAACCUGAUUAAUGCUCACGAAGCCGCUGGUCGUGAGCGCAUCAACAUUGCUACUCAACUGUCCGAAUGGGGAGAACAGACUGGUGACGACGCCAUUAGCGACAUUUCUGACAAGGUUGGUGUGGUUUUGAGCGAGAUUGGCGAGCAGGAAGACACCUAUGCCCAUGCGUUGGACGACUCUCGUGGACGCCUCAAGUCCAUCCGUAACACGGAGAAGAGCGUCCAGCCUAGCCGUGAUGGCAAGGCCAAGAUUGCCGACGAGAUUGCGAAGCUCAAGAUGAAGGAGCCCGAGAGUGCUAGACUGGUUGUCCUGGAGCAGGAGCUUGUCCGCGCUGAAGCCGAGAAUUUGGUUGCCGAAGCCCAAUUGAGCAACAUUACUCGCCAGAAGCUCAAGGAGGCUUACGAUGCCGAGUUCCUUGCCACCAUCGAGCGAGCAGAGAAGCAGAUCAUCCUUGCCAAGCACGGACGCCGUCUCUUAUCUCUUCUCGACGAUACACCAGUUAUUCCGGGUGACACUCGGCCCAACUACAUCGAGAGUAGCCAGGCUCGUCAGAUCCUCAACGACUGCGAGGAUGACCUUCGAGACUGGCGACCAGAGGUCGAACCGUAUGAUGCCCCAGUUGAGGAGAUUUCCCCUGCAAAAGAGAAGCAACCAGCUCUCGACGUUGAGGCGGAUGAUGGCGCAAAGGAGACUGAGGCUGGAACGAAGAUUCUGGGGUCGGCUUAA